CACUUGCUCCCUUAUUCGCUGACUCAUUCUCUCACUCUAUACUACUCUCUGGCUGCUGCUGGCGAUAUGCUGCUUCGUCCAUUUCAUCCCACCACUUCUUCUCUGUUCAGUGGCGCACACCGCGCUCUUCCCACCCCCUACACAUUGUCAGAGACAAGCCGCUGCUGCAAGCCGUUUGCUGCCUCGCAGUUCGUCAUUGGUGUUCUUACCAGUUGGAAAUACGAGCUUCUGUGGUGUGUGACCACGCGGAUGCUUUAGCACAAGUUAUUAUUGUUAACAUUUAUGCCAAUCCCUGUUUCAUUUAAUCAUCAUCAUCAUUAACAACAACAACAUCAACAUCAACAUCACUUACCAUCAUUACAGUCAUUGUCACUUUUAAAACUUAAAACUUUUUCCUGUGCUCACAUUCUUCUUUACAUCAAAGAAGAUUGACGCGCAAUUUUAUACGCGAGUUUCAUUGACUUUAAAUUUCCCACGGUAAAUCUCAAAGCAAAUAAUCAACUGUUUGAAUUUUCUAAGACAAACUCUACCGUGUUAUCAUCGAUGUUUUUAUUGUGGAUUUAAGUAAAAACAAUGAUAAUGUGAAUGUAAAAUGAAGGUGAUGUUAAAUAAUAUCGGGGUGUGAUUCGCUCUAGAGAAAUAUUUGUCAGCCAAGUGACGGCAAGUGGUCGUAAGACACGUGCAUAUAAACCACGUGUAGUGCUGGCGCAUAACGUUUUUACGGUUCCCAUCGGACUCUGUAAAUCCUUUUGCAAUCGCAGAACUUUAAAAUAUAUAUACUCAUAUAUAUAUUUAAAAAAAAUACUUUCCGUUCACUUGUGUCGUGAAUAAUGGACUCGAUAAAAGUCUUUGUCACCAGCGACAAAGUUACAUAAUAAAAAAACAAUUAAAACUAAAGGAAACAAAACAUACAUUUAUAUAUAAAUAUAUAAUAUAUAUAAAUAAGUACUAAUGUACUGAUAACAGUUACUAGGACAGUGAAUAAAAAUUUCUCUAAAGAAUUUGAAUUUUGUUUUGACGCGAUGCUCAGUGCCUCGUUAGCAUUAGCGCAGAUAAAAAAAAAAGUUAAAACGUGUUUCUCAGUGAGCCCAAGGUCCGCGAGGACCUGCUAAAAUGACUGCGCGUCUCCACUCUUUGAGGCACCAGGACAAAAAAUCAACGGGUACCGGACACAGACAGCAGCAGCAGCAACAACAACAACAACAACAGCAUCAGCAACCGCAGCAACAACAAGUCGCGCCUCAAGCACCGAGUCCGGCCCCAAGUCCGAGUCUCAGUCCGAGCCCGAAUCCAAAACACUCAGACGGUCGCCGCGCAAACAAACCACUGAUGGAGAAACGAAGACGUGCGAGAAUAAAUCAAUCACUUGCCGCACUCAAGGCAUUGAUACUUGAUAGUGCGAGGCUGGAAAACACAAAGCACAGCAAGCUUGAGAAAGCAGACAUACUCGAAUUGACAGUACGACAUCUCCAGAGACAGAGAACUUUAGCACAGCCGGGAUUGUCGAGGUACAAGGCCGGCUAUCAAGACUGCUCACGUGAGGUGGGUCGUUAUCUGGAUGCACCCGACAUAAUAACCGGCAAUACAACACCUAUGGAUCCGGCAGUAAAACAAAGGCUACUGCGUCAUCUGGACAGUUGUGUAUCUGAAUUGGAUUUGGAUCUCGGGUCAAGACCAGACAGUGGUCUUGGUAGUAGUCCUGGUAGUGUAACAGACCGCGUAACAGGUGCCGCGAGUCCAAGUGGACUUGAUCAUCACCACCACCAUCAAAACCAUCCAGUGGCACCGCACUGCAGCAGCAAUUCCGCUCCAACAUCUUUCAAUCCCAGUUUAAUUAAAACGGAGAUACCGGAUAUGAUGGACACACCCACGCCUAUGGCACGGCCCGACAGCAGUACAACCGCCGGUGAUGAAAAUAACAACAGCAGCAGGCCAACAUCCGCGUUCAGUCAAGUUCCGACGGCACUGGAUCACCAUCAUCCAGCAGGCACGGGUAUACCCGUUGUCGAUCAGGCCUCGACGUCAGGACAAAAUCCAAAUAUGUUGUCUGUUGUCCAAGUAAUACCAUCAAGAUUACCCGACGGUCAAGUAGUUUUUUUGCUACCAAGUCAUUACGUACAAUUGGCGGCUGCUGCUGCUGCCAACGGAAUUAGCAUCGGGCCUAAUCCGCCUACAGCUAUUUGGGCAGCCACUAAUAUGUCCCUAUUAAAAGCCACUGACAAAUUGGCUAAACGAUCCCAUCAAGAUAUAUCACCCCAAGAUUGGAGCAAUGACGGACCUAAACCGACAAAAAGUCCGCGCAUGGAUCAGCCAGAGCAGCCGCUUGACUUUACCACGACUUCGAAAAAAAUAAAAACCUACAAGCCACCGCUAGAUAAUAACAACAGUUGUAGCAGUGAGAUCGAUGUUGGUCAAGUAAAUGGUAUUGAUGAGCAACACACGUCUAGUCAUCCUGAUACCCAGUGCAAUGACGAAAUGGUCACCAUCAUAUCCCCCGAAUCGACCUCGACUAUUUCACAACAGCCAGUUAAAGACGAAGAGGGAAUGUGGAGGCCGUGGUAAACAAGAGGUUUAUAAAAAACAUACAAUAUAAAAUAAUAAUAAUAAUAAUCAUAAUAAAGAGAUUCAAUUAAACUGAUUGAUUUUAUAUGUGAUGCGCAUUGAUGAUGAGUAUCGUUGGAGCAGCAGCAAUAAAAUACCCAAACGAUAUCAAGAUUCUUUAAUGUCAAUGUAUAUUAUGUAUAUGUAUUAAAUAUAUAUUGUAUACAUAUAUAAAUGUAUGUAUGUAUAGUAUAUAGACAAGCAGAGAAUUUAAUUGCCUAAACACAAAGAGCGUCAUAUUGUAUAUAAUAAAAAUUGACACUAAAAAGUAUUUAUCAUGAGAAUAGAUUUAUUUUCACGUUAUCUAGUUAUGUAUAAAAAAAAAAAAAUGAAAAAAAAAAGAGAGCAUGUCCACCCGCACAGGGUACCCAGAUAUACAUCAGAGUAUUAUUAUUAGUUAUUAUUAUUAUUAAUAUCUAUUAUUACUAUUAUUAUUAAAUGAUAAAAGUUAUAACUGUGCUAUAGAUUCUUAAAUAUAUGAUAGUAAAAUGUGAGAUACAGAUUGAAUUACCCCGAUCCUCAUAAAUGUAAAAUAAUAAACAUCUAAAAGAUACCGUUGCAAUUUAUUUUUAAAAAAUAAAUUUAAAAAUAAGAAAAACUCCAUAUUCGAUGUAUGUUAAGUUACAGAGUCAAUAUAAUAAGAUAUUAAAUAUUAUGUUAUUUGUUGAUAUAAUAAUAAUUAUUAUUGUUUAUAUAUUUAUUUUUCACCGCUACCCCC